GAGGGUGGGAGAGCUGGGAGGAAGGAGGAGCAGAUCCCCAACCAUGAGUUCGAGCCAGCCAGGGACCUGCUCAUGUCGGGGUGCUGCAGGCCGCCCGGCCAUUCUGUAUGCACUUCUGAGCCCUAGCCUCAGGGCCAGGCCCUCUGUGCCCCCAGCCCGUAGUCAUUGCCUGUGCAGGCAGCACCGGCCUGUCCGGCUGUGUGCUCCCCAUCGCACCUGCCGGGAAGCCUUGGAUGUUCUGGCCAGAACAGUGGUCUUCCUCAGGAACCUGCCGUCCUUCUGCCAGCUGCCCCCCCAGGAUCAGCAGCGGCUGCUGCGGGGCUGCUGGGGCCCCCUCUUCCUGCUGGGGUUGGCCCAAGACACUGUGACUUUCGAGGUGGCCGAGGCACCAGUUCCCAGCAUACUCAAGAAGAUCUUGCUGGAGGAGCCCAGCAGCAGCUCAGGCAGCGGCCAGCUGCCAGAUCGACCCCAGCCCUCGCUGGCUGCGGUACAGUGGCUUCAGUGCUGCCUGGAGUCCUUCUGGAGCCUGCAGCUGGGCCCCAAGGAAUAUGCCUACCUGAAAGAGACCAUCCUCUUCAAUCCUGGUGUGCCGGGCCUCCACGCCUCCUCCCACGUUGGACACCUGCAGCAAAAGGCUCAUCAUGCUCUGUGCAAGGCCCUGGAGACCUGGUGCCCAGCAGGCCAGGGCCGCUUGGCCCGUGUCCUCCUCACAGCCUCCACCCUCAAGUCCAUUCCGCCCAGCCUGCUUGGGGACCUCUUCUUUCGCCCUAUUGUUGGAGACACUGACAUCGCUGGCCUCCUCGAGGACAUGCUUUUGCUGAGCCAACCUGUUCCAGCCCAGGCAGAGAUCAAGUGCUCCCUCUCACCUCAACGAGCGUCAGAUCACAGCCAGUGAGGAAUAUGAAGCAGUCCAUUCCUAAACUAAAACAGACAAGGUCACUGGAAUUCCUGCAGUUUGGGGUCGCUCACUUCCACCACCCCUGCUGAUGACAGAAGAGGAUAGUCCACUGCUCUCCCAAUGGGAGGGGCAAGGGCAUCUAGGGUUGACCUGGUGCAGCUGCUUGGAGGCCAAGGCUGGCUGAGGUUUAGCUGCCACACCAAAUGUUCAAGUCUGAGACACUUCCAUGGCAGUUAGUUCACAGAUACUGCCCUGAGCUCCCCCCUACCCCCGAGUUCCCUUCCGUGGCCCCCCCGUCCCAGCCCUUCUCCUGGAAUCCAUUCUCAUUGGCCACAACUAGAGGGGCAAUGCUUGGCAUAGCCAUGGCCUUCAGGACCGCCCCAUUCAGUGCAUGGCUUGUGUCUGUUCUGAUUGGUCAAUGGCUGGCCCUCAGUGUUUGUUAAAUAUUUUGAAUAUCACCCAGGUUAGGGUAACUGACCUGCAGGCAGGAGGGAAUGAUAACAACAUACAUGCCUAUAGGACCCCCUUUCAGGCCUCCCUCCUUCUUUAGCAAUAAGGCCUGCCCCUACCAGUCCUACCCCCUUCACCACCAGUUUGGAUUCUCUUCAUGGGGCCAAGUUAAUUAUUGCUCAAUGAGAGGUCAUUCACUCAGGGACAACAGUUGAAGAGUUGUCAUUCAGGCCUCUGCUGAAGGCCCCCAGGAUACGGACCACAGGGAACUAACCAUAUACCCAUUCUGGGCGCCCAGUGCCACAGCAAGGGCACCCCAUCCCUUACCCAAUCACCUACUCACCACUCAGACACCCAGAGUGACAGAAACGCACAGCUCACACCCUACAACAAAGAUACAUACAACUCAGACCUACAGCUCUCUCUCUGUUUCUGUCUCUGUCUCUGUCUCUCUCUCUCUCUCUCUCUCUCUCUCUCUCUCUCUCUCUCACACACACACACACACACACACACACACACACACAAAGACGUACAAGUCAGACACACCUACAGACCCAUAAAACAGAACCACCAUCCACUCACACACAGCAUGGAAAAGCACA